AUGAGCACCCCAGCAGUGCCCCCGAGCCAGAGGGCCCAGCCCGAGUUCAGAGAACAAAGAAGACAGAAACUCAAGGAACAUAUGUUAAAAAGAAAAACGUUUUUUGCAUACAAGGAGGAAAAUCACAUAUCCAGUGGAGACCAGAAAGUGAUGACCUCUGAGGGCCAGGUCCAUGAAGAGGCAAAAGUUCUGAAAUUUAAAACAAAAAUGGCUCGUAAAGAAAAUGUCAGUAGACCUCCCGGGAACAAAAAUAAUAUAACAAUGGAAAAAAAUUGUAUUCCUUUAAGGCCUUCUAAUGAACUAACCAAUUCAACUAUAGCAAUUGUUACACCUAAUUCUGAGGAUAAUAAUCAAACUGGGCAGUUGGUACCAAUUAAAGAUGACCCUCCAGGUCAACACAUGACAUUAAGCCAAGUGUUUCAUCUUAAAAUCAACAAUAAAAAGAAACAAAUAAUGACAGAAAAACCAAAGCAAGAUGCUAACAUGUCCAAGAAGCUUGUGCUUGGAUCUUACCGUGGCCAAAUUGUUCAGUCUAAGAUUAAUUCAUUUAGAAAGCCUCUACAAGUCAGAGAUGAGAGUUCUGCAGCAAUAAAGAAACUUUCGACUACAGUCCCUAAAGCUACAGAGCCUCUGCACACAAACAGCAGCAGUGUGACAGUGAAAAGCGAUAGAGCCUCUCAAGUGACUACUACCACUAAACUUGUGAGCACUACAAUUCAGAACAGACAGCUUCUGCAACCUCCUAUUAGAAGUCACCUCGACAAUGGUCAGGAUGCUGUGAGACCAGGCAUCGGUAGAAGCUCCGCCAAUGUUACUAUUCAGAAAGGGCCUUGCGAGAAAGAGUUAUGCCAAAACCGGUUCUCAGGAUAUAGAAAGAAGACACUCACAAGAAUCGUGAAGUCUGAAAUCAUAGCCAGGCCUGUUUCGUCUUCUAACACCAAACUGAUAGAAAAGUCGAAAAACGUUGACCCUCGCAGGCAUACAAUAGCAAAAGCACUGAGUAAGUGGAAAGCUGGCAAAAGGAAAGUCCUGAAAAGGCCUCCUAGCUCAGGAGUUACCCAGCCUGAACCUGAAGGGCAACAUGAAAACCCAGUUGGGUCCUUUUGGACUACCAUGGUAGAAGAAGAUGAACAAAGAUUAUUUACCGAAAAAGUGAACAAGACAUUUUCUGAAUGCCUAAACCUGAUUAGUGAGGGAUGCCCAAAAGAAGAAAUAUUGGUCAUACUGAAUGACCUGAUUAAAAAUAUUCCAGAUGCCAAAAAGGUUGUUAAAUAUUGGAUAUGCCUUGCACAUAUUGAACCACUCACAAGCCCUAUUGAAAACAUUAUCACAAUCUAUGAGAAAGCCAUUCUGGCAGGGGCUCAGCCUAUUGAAGAGAUGCGACAUACCAUUGCAGAUAUUCUGACAAUGAGGAGUCAAGAAAAAGUUAAAUACGGAGAAAAUAUUGAGGAAGCUUGUGCAACCAAGCAAUACAUCCAUGAAGUCAGCACUGAAGAUAGCGGGGUUAAUCUAGAGUCAGGAAAACCAGAAAUGGAAAAGAAAACUAGAAAUGUGGUAUUUCAAGAUGAUGAAAAAAAGCAAGAUGACAAAACAAAAGAUUCAACCAAUGAUGUUAAAACCCCCAGUACAGAAACCAGGGGGAGUUGCUUAAUUAAAUAUAAUGUGUCUACUACACCAUACUUACAAAGUGUAAAAAAGAAGAUACAGUUUGACAAUACAGAUUCUACAUUUAAAGAGCUAAAGUUUCUAACACCAGUGAGACGUUCUCGACGUAUUCAAGAGAAGACUUCUAAAUUGCCAGAUAUGUUAAAAGACCAUCAUCCUUGUGUGUCUUUAUUGGAACAAUUAACAGAGUUGGGAGGUGAAACUGAUGCUUUCGUAUGCCGUCCCAAUUCAGCACUAUGCCCGAUGUUCUCAGAGCCUGGAACAGCAGAAGAGAAAUAAAGUGAUG